UGCUUGUGAGGGAGAUGUAGUAAUGGGAAUAACAAGCAGAUUACGUCACUUUUACAUGAUUUAAUCUGAUAUAACCGGAGCUGACCUCACAGUGAGGGUGUGCGCAAAGCAAGAAAAUCUGAACAAUCUGAAACGGCAGCCUCAGUCCUUCUUUAGCUUGUCUGCAUCUCUUUAAGUUUCAGAGGAUUCCCUUUCAUCACCUCAUAAGUUUGUGCUCUUGUUGAUAGUGCCCGUCCUGCGGGCGCUGUCUGUAAGGACCGUCAUGCUUCAUGCAAGGUGAUGACGGUGUGAUUGGGUGAGAUAUGGACCGCUUCCCCCUCCUUUUCCAGCUGAGGGGAUGUGGCGACGCCGCGGGUGCUGUGUAACAGCCCUGCUUACCGGAGCCGCGCAUUUAAAGAGAAAAAAGGAGAGAGGGAGAGACGGCGGAGAUGCAAGCAAAAGGGGGAGGGGAGGAGAGAUGGAGGAGAGCGUGAUGGUGUGUGUGGAUGGAUGCUACACAUUCAUACUGCCUCUCUCUCACUCUAUCUCUCUCUCUCUCUCACACACACACACACACACACACACACACACACACACACACACACACACACACACACACACACACACACACGCUGAGAGACAGUGUGUGAGCCAGCCCGCCAGUCAGUGUGAGUGUGUGAGCCAUGUUGGAUGUGAAUGAACAAGAGGAGAGAUGCUGCCGCCGCCGCGCCGAUCCUAACGCUCACGCCUCCAGCUCCACGGAGCACAGCGGGUAGAUGCCAACUCUCCAGGCCGGCAGAGAGACGGGGGAGCCUGGGGGAAGGUGUCGGGCGGUGCUGGCGGUCCUGGAAGUGGCCACCUAGCCGGAGCGGAACGAGGGUGGAGAGAAGUAAGGUGGAGACGUGGAGAAGUGGAAGUGGAAGCGCGCACUCUGGAGAGAAAGGUAGAGGAUAGUCUGAAGUGGAGAAGGGAGAAAGGAGGGGAGGGAUACGGAGAAAGGAAGAGACUAAAUGGCUGCACCUAUAACGGGCUUCACCCCGCUCCUGCUCUCGUCUCUGGCGCUCCACCUGCUUCUCCUCGGUCCUUUGUUAGCCCUCACCCCGGGGACGGUGAGCACAGGAGGGGCUUCCAGCAGAAGGACCUCUGCCCUCAGCUACCGAGUCGCCGGUGAAGUAAACCAGCAGCAGCAGCAGCAUCGGUGUGGGGAAGCAGGCGGAUUACCGAGGGGCAGCUGGGAUCUCCGCUGGAGCAGGUGGACUGUAGUGCGGAUACAGAGAGAGGAAUGCACCGGAGCGCAGCGCGCAGGAGGGACCCUGGGAGGAGAGCAACUGGAUGGGGCACGGAAAGAGAGGCUGAGAGGAUUACAACGCCCUCGGGCUCCUUUACUACCACCUUUUACUCAUCGCCUCCCCAGCACCAGGAGCACCUCUACCUCUGAUGGCUUCGGCGCUGCAGAGGGUGUGGAGAGAGGCGAGAUGGGGAGACAGGGCGUUGUUUCACCUCUCGCUUCACCUGCCUUUACUUCUUUGCCGGCUCAAAACGGCAAGAAAAGGGCAGUACAAAGGACUAAAACGUGCGUGCAACGGUGGUCGGCGCCGAGGCCACACCUCGUCCAACGUGGUGCUGACAGAGCCUUUGUGCACGCCUCCGGACCGCGCAGCUCACCCGGAAGUUGCGAGAGGAGAGGGGGAAAGGUGUGCAGAGGGGCUCCUGAGGUGAAGAGACUCUCAGCACCACGGCGUGUCCGCUGUCUAAUCCCUAACAAGCAACACAUCCUUUCAGCCAACAAGCCUUUACUUGGCUCCUUUACAGCCACUCCCUCCUGGUGCAAUCAUCCUAUUUCUGGAUGCAGUUUACCUCAUACUGACGCUUCAGAUGACAUCUUCGGAUGUUACACAGUUUGUAGCAUUUCAGACUGUGUCAGAGCAACAAAACUGGACUGCAUCUGUCAGUUUCCAACUUUUAAUCUCUGCAACAAUGGCUGCAUUUAUAGAAGCAAUCAGCAACCAGUUUACAGGGAAAGCAGCAGCAGGAUGGCUUGGGGAGCCAAGGGGAACUCGGCUAGUGUGGGGAGGAGGGCUGGUGAUUGUUCUUAUUUAAGGAGGCACAAUGUUAUCAAUCGAAACAGCAGCAGAGAGUGGGGUGGUGAUGGAAAGGUGGCUUGGUCCAAGACAAGAGGAGGGGCUUUCUUAGAUAGUUCCCUUUUUGGUUGUGGGUUUACAAAACCCAAGCCUGCCAGAAUUACUGAUGAAGGGAGGGGUGAUGGUACAGAUGGAAAUGAUCUCAGAGGAGGAGGGGUUGACCACGUCAACAAACACGUUAACUUGUCUAAUUACCCGGAUAAUGAUUUAGUUUUUCCAUCUCCGACACGGGGGAAAUUAGUGCCUGCAUCCAGGCAGCAGAGCAGUCAAACCCAGGGAGGAAGGAGGGAGGUUGCCGGUGGUUGCUUUAGCUGUUUGGGCCGAAAAAAAAUGGGGGCGGCUCUCUUUAUGACCCCCAUGGGAGGCAUGGCUCAGAUGAAUCUCCUCAUCCAAUUUGCACUCAACAGCAUUGCAGAGAUGCGUGGCCGACAGGUUUUACCCAACAAAAGAGCCAUUACGCCACUCAUUCAGACAGAUGUAGAUCAUUUUUCAGUGAGAGUUAAACAAGCUGAAAAGCUCCAAGUGUGUGCUCUAAGGGUGAGGGAAACGUCAGAGGCUGAGUCUACUGGUGACUCAGGCCUUUUCUUGCCCGCUAAGUUUCCAGUUACAUCUCCUUGUGCUGUGUCUGCCACGUCUUACUCUGCUGCUGAAGAUAAUCCCUUUCUCCCUAUGCAGCCUAAUCACCCAGUAGUAAAGAACGUCUUGUUUUCCUCGCAAGUUAAUACAACAACUCAGCAGGAUGUAACCAUGCUUCACUCAUCCUCUGCAGAGGAGGUCGUUUCGGCACCAAAAGAAGCUCUGCAUGUGCUUUUGUGGAGCAGAUUCAACACUAACAGCAAUAACAACAAUGAAAAGAAAGAAAGUAACGAGAGUAAUGGGCAUGGUCAGGAAUCUGAUAGUGGAAAAUCCUCGUGGCACAGCGAGAUGCAACAAGGGGAUCUUGGGUGCGCUGAGAGUAUUUCCAAUGACUGCUCAGCUACUGAGCGAGGUGAAGGCACACAUAUGCAAUUAAAAUCUAGUGAUCAAGAGCCAUUAGAGCCCGAAGGUGUCAGACAGUCAGAUAGGCAGCAGAUGGGGACUGGAGAAGAAAGAGAGAGGAGUGCUGAAAGGGAGGGAGAGGGCUUGGAGGGGUCCGCUGCUGUUGCUGAUGCUGUUUGGGGAGGAAAAUUACAGGUGGGGGAGGGCGAGACGAGGCUGACGGGAGGCAAGGAACCACUUGCAGAAGAGGAAGAGGAGGUGUGGGAGAAGGAAAGGGUAAAGGGAGUAACAAAGGCCGGCCAGGAAGAAAGUGAGGCAGAGGCAGGGAUGGGUCGGUAUAGGGGCAGCAGCACCUCAACCAUCACACAGUUUGAUCGCAAUAGAGGGAAGAGAGAAACCCAAGCAGAUGAAAGCCACCAGGGAGCUGAGGGGGAUGAGGUUGAGUGGGAGAAAAGACACACUUCAAGGGGAGAGAGGAGCCUGGAACGCCUGAUAAUAGUGGCAGAUGAUGAUAGCUCUCAGGGAGAAAAGGCGAGGAGGAUUUUGAUGCCAUGGUCUCGAUCCAGACGCGCAGCCAAUAGACACCCUCAUUUCUCACUGUAUAACUACCAAGUCCAGGUGGCAGAGAACCAGCCGCCAGGCACCUCCGUCAUUAUAAUGUCAGCCACAGACCCUGAUGGAGGUGAUGCAGGCCGGGUGAGCUACACAAUGGCCCCACUGAUGAACAGUCGAUCAUCUGACUAUUUUCACAUCCAUCCAGACACAGGCCUCAUCACCAGCACUCAGAUUCUGGACAGAGAACAUAUGGAUCUGCAUUAUUUCCGGGUCACAGCGACAGAUCACGGAUCCCCUCGGCACUCUGGGACCACAAUGGUAGCCAUUACUGUUUCAGACCGCAACGAUCAUUCGCCUAUAUUUGAACAGUCAGAGUACAGAGAGACAAUUAGGGAGAACGUGGAAGAAGGUUAUCCAAUUUUACAGUUGAGAGCAACAGAUUCAGACUCCCCGUCCAACGCCAAUAUCCGUUACCGGUUUAUCGGUGACUCCGCUGCAAUAGCACGAGCUGCUUUCGAGAUUGACCCACGUUCAGGACUAAUUACAACCAGAGGAUCUGUGGACAGGGAAACAAAUGAACAUUACACUCUUCAGGUGGAGGCCAGUGACCAGGGGAAGGAUCCAGGUCCACGCUCUGCCACCGUCAAAGUUUUUAUAACCGUUCUGGAUGAAAAUGACAAUGUGCCACAGUUCAGCGAAAAGCGCUAUGUGGUGGCAGUGAAGGAGGAUGUUCGACCUCACUCUGAGAUCCUACGUGUGAGCGCUACAGACAGGGACAAGGACAGCAAUGCUGCUGUUCACUACAAUAUCAUCAGUGGUAAUAGCCGUGGACAGUUUUCCAUUGAUAGCGUAACAGGUGAAAUUCAGGUGGUGGCAAACCUGGACUAUGAAUCUGAGCGGGAGUAUACGCUCCGUGUUCGCGCUCAGGACAAUGGCCGGCCACCUCUCUCCAACAAUACUGGAAUUGUGAGUGUGCAGGUGACCGAUGUCAAUGAUAACCCUCCUAUCUUUGUAUCCACACCAUUCCAAGCAUCUGUACUUGAGAGUGCCCCAGUUGGUAGUUCAAUCCUCCACAUCCAAGCUAUAGAUACAGAUACAGCUGACAAUUCUCGGCUGGAGUACAGGCUGACUGAGACUGGCUCAGACACACCCUUUGUCAUCAACUCCGCAACGGGCUGGGUCACUGUCAGCUCGAUUCUCGACAGGGAGUCUGUGGAACACUAUUUCUUUGGUGUGGAGGCCAGAGAUUAUGGCAUGCCACCUCUCUCUGCUACAGCGAGUGUCACCAUUACAGUCAUGGAUGUUAAUGACAAUCGCCCCGAGUUCCUCCAAAAGGAGUAUUAUUCCCGCCUGAAUGAGGAUGCUGCUGUUGGCACCAGUGUAGUGACUGUCACGGCUGUGGACAGAGAUGUAAACAGUGCAGUGACUUAUCAGAUCACAGGCGGAAACACCAGAAACCGUUUUGCUAUCAGCACAGCAGGAGGAGCGGGGCUUCUCUCCUUAGCUCUACCACUGGACUAUAAACAGGAGCGUCGUUACGUCCUAACUGUUGCCGCCUCAGAUCAAACACUCCAUGACACUUGCCAGGUGCACAUAAACAUUACUGAUGCCAACACACACCGACCUGUUUUCCAGAGUGCCCAUUACUCUGUCAGCGUGAAUGAGGACAGGCCACCAGGAAGUACAGUGGUUGUGAUUAGUGCUACGGAUGAUGAUGUAGGAGAAAAUGCUCGGAUCACGUACUUUCUUGAAGACAACAUCCCCCAGUUCCGCAUCGAUCCGGCAACAGGAGCGAUCACACUCCAGGCAGAGCUUGACUAUGAGGACCAAAUGACCUACACUUUAGCUAUCACAGCAAAAGACAAUGGCAUACCACAGAAAUCUGACACAACAUAUGUUGAAGUGAACGUGAAUGACGUGAAUGACAAUGCACCUCAGUUCCUCAGUCCCAGAUAUCAGGGGACAGUGAGUGAAGAUGCUCCCCCCUUCACUAGUGUCCUGCAGAUCUCGGCCACUGACCGUGACGCACACGCCAAUGGCCGGGUUCAGUACACGUUUCAAAAUGGUGAGGAUGGAGAUGGAGAUUUUACCAUUGAACCCACUUCUGGCAUUGUACGAACUGUUCGCCGUUUGGAUCGGGAGAGUGUGCCAUUUUACGAGCUCACAGCCUAUGCCGUGGAUCGUGGGGUGCCCCCUCAAAGAACACCUGUCCACAUCCAGGUGACAGUUCUUGACGUAAAUGACAAUGCUCCUGUCUUCCCUGCUGAUGAUUUUGAGGUUUUGGUUAAGGAAAAUAGCGCUGUGGGGUCUGUGGUAGCCCAGAUUACUGCCACUGACCCGGAUGAAGGUGCUAAUGCUCAGAUCAUGUACCAAAUUGUUGAGGGCAAUAUCCCUGAGAUCUUUCAGAUGGACAUCUUUUCAGGAGAGCUCACCUCACUCAUUGAUCUUGACUAUGAGGCUCGCAAUGAAUACGUCAUUGUAGUCCAGGCCACAUCAGCACCUCUAGUGAGCAGGGCUACCGUCAGAAUCCGUUUGGUGGACCAGAACGACAAUCGGCCAACCCUGCAGGACUUUCAAAUCAUUUUCAACAACUUUGUUUCCAAUCGGUCCAACAGUUUCCCCAGUGGGGUGAUUGGCAGAGUACCAGCCCAUGACCCUGAUGUGUCUGACAGGCUGUAUUACACCAUCGACAGGGGCAAUGAGCUUCACCUUCUGCUCCUGAAUCACACCAGCGGAGAGAUUCGACUGAGCCGAAAACUGGAUAACAACAGGCCCCUGGUUGCUCCCAUGCUGAUCACUGUCACAGACGGCGUCCACAGCAUCUCAGCCCAGUGUGUCCUGCGUGUCCUCAUCAUCACAGAGGACAUGCUGGGAAGCAGCGUCACCGUCCGCCUGCAGAACAUGUCCCAGGGGCACUUCCUCUCCCCGCUGCUCGGUAACUUCCUGGAGGGUGUGUCCGCGGUUCUCUCUGUGCCCGUCGAGGACGUUUUCAUCUUCAACAUCCAGCCGGACUUGGACGCGACACCGGGACGCAUUCUGAACGUCAGCUUCUCUGCCGCGUUGCCGGGCGGCCAUUUCUUCCCCUCCGAGACGCUGGAGGAGCAGCUGUAUUUGAACAGGCCCAGACUGACGUCGCUGACGCAGAUGGAGGUUCUCCCAUUCGAUGACAACGUGUGUUUGCGAGAGCCCUGCCAGAACUACAUGAAGUGCAUCUCAGUGCUGCGCUUCAAUAGUUCGGCGCCGUUCAUCUCGUCGCCUUCCAUCUUGUUCCGCCCGAUCCAUCCCAUUGCUGGCUUGCGGUGCCGGUGCCCGGUGGGCUUCACGGGCGAUUACUGCGAGACGGAGAUCAACCUGUGCUACUCCAACCCCUGCCUGAAUGGAGGAGUGUGUGCCCGCAGAGAGGGAGGCUACACCUGCAUCUGCCGUGAAGACUACACCGGUGACCGAUGUGAGUUGGACCGGAGGCAGGGUCGGUGCGUGCCCGGCGUGUGUCGUAACGGAGGGACGUGUCGGGAGCUUUCUGGCGGAGGUUUCCGCUGCGAGUGUCCGCUGGGAGGCUAUGAGCGGCCGUACUGCACCGUCACCGCCAGGUCCUUCCCACCCAAAUCCUUUGCCAUGUUCCGGGGCCUCAGGCAGAGAUUUCACCUCUCCAUUUCACUGAGUUUUGCCACUCUGGAGAAGAGCGGCCUUCUCUUCUACAAUGGACGCUUCAAUGAGAAACACGAUUUCAUCGCGCUGGAGAUCCAAGAAGGACAAGUGGUCUUCAAAUAUUCCACAGGUGAGUCAUCCACUCAGGUGAGCCCCUUCCUGCUCGGUGGCGUGAGCGACGGAAACUGGCACACGGUUCACAUCCAUUACUACAACAAGCCGGCUACACGCUAUCCCAGACGCAGUUUGAUCGGAGAAGCCCAGGGUCCCUCUGACGAGAAGGUGGCCGUGGUGAGCAUCGAUGACUGCGACACGGCUCUCUCGCUUCGCUUCGGUAUGCAGCUUGGAAACUAUAGCUGUGCUGCACAGGGCAAACAGACCAGUAGCAAGAAGUCUCUGGAUCUGACUGGCCCUUUAUUUCUGGGUGGAGUCCCCAAUGUGCCUGACAACUUUCCCUUUGGCAGCAGGGAGUUUAUCGGUUGCAUGAAAGACCUGCACAUUGACAGCAAGGCGCUGGAUCUGGCUGGAUUUAUCGCUAACAACGGGACACUUCCAGGUUGCAGUGCCAAACACCCGUUCUGCAAGUCCAACCCGUGUCAGAAUGGGGGAACCUGCCGGGUGAGCUGGGAGACCUUCUCCUGUGAUUGUCCUCUAGGUUAUGGAGGGAAGGACUGCAGCUACACCAUGCCACACCCACAUCGCUUCCUCGGGAACAGCGCCCUCUGGUGGGACCUGAAGAAUGACGUGACCAUCUCCACACCCUGGUACCUGGGUUUGGUGUUCAGAACCAGAGCAAGAGACGGGACGCUGCUGCAGGCCCAGGCUGGUCAGUACACCAGUCUGCUGUUCCAGGUGAUGAACGGUCAACUGGUGUUCUCAGUGACCCGCGGCGCCACCAGACCUGUGCGCUUGCGAUUGGAUCAGGUUCAAGUGGCAGAUGGCCGGUGGCACGACCUCCAGCUGGAACUGCGAGACGUCCGCAGCGGCCGCGAGACGCGCUACGUCGCCACGCUGCGGCUUGACUUCGGACUCUAUCAGGGAACAGUGAUUGUGGGAAAUGACAUUCACGGCUUGAAAGUGAAACACCUGCAUGUCGGAGGAGUGCUGGGCUCUGGCGAGGUCCAGAACGGGAUAAAAGGAUGCAUACAGGGAGUUCGUCUGGGCGUGAGGCCGGAUGCCCCCGCCCUCCCGCGCCCAUCCAGGGUUGUCAAGGUGGAGACUGGCUGUAAUGUCGGAAACCCCUGUGUCUCGUCUCCUUGUCCAGCUCACAGCCGCUGCACCGAUGUCUGGGAGCGCCACACGUGCAUCUGUGAACCAGGGUACUACGGGAAGAGCUGCACCGACGCCUGCCACCUGAACCCGUGUGAAAACGAGGCUCAGUGCCACCGGAAGCCGAGUUCUUCCCACGGAUACAUUUGUGACUGUGGAGAUAAUCACUACGGGCAGUACUGCCAGCACAGGAUCGACCACCAGUGCCCCAGGGGCUGGUGGGGAUCUCCCACCUGUGGACCUUGUCACUGUGACAUGAACAAAGGUUUUGACCCCGACUGUAACAAGACGAGUGGACACUGUCACUGCAAGGAGUUUCACUAUCGACCUCGGGCCUCUGACACCUGCCUCCCGUGUGACUGCUACCCGGUGGGCUCCUUUUCACGGUCGUGCGAACCAGAGACGGGUCAGUGUCAGUGCAGGCCUGGCGUGAUUGGCCGCCAGUGCAACAUGUGUGACAACCCUUUCGCCGAAGUCACCAAUUCAGGAUGUGAAGUUAUCUAUGAUGGCUGUCCAAAGACCAUCACUCAGGGGAUCUGGUGGCCCCGAACCAAGUUUAACCUUCCUGCUGCCGUCCCCUGCCCCAAAGGCUCUGUUGGCGCAGCAAUCAGACACUGUGAUGCGGAGAGAGGGUGGCUGGAACCCGACCUUUACAACUGCACCUCGCCUCCGUUUGUGGAGCUCAACAUUGCUCUUGACUCCCUGGAACGUAACGAGACAGAGCUCAACACCAUCAUGGAGAAGAAGCUUGCUCACCAACUCAGGGAUGUUACCGAGGCUACCGGCCGGCUCUACGGCAAUGACCUGCAGAUUGCCGAACGUCUCCUCUCCCGCCUCUUGACAUUUGAGACCCAGCAGAGCGGCUUCGGCCUCACCGCCACUCAGGACGCUCACUUUAAUGAGAAUGUCCUUCGAGGCUGCAGCGUGCUGUUGGGUCCCGCUACCUCCGGGCUUUGGCGGGCUCUCGCUCAAAAUCAGAAUCACCUUCUCGGCGGUGGUCCGGCUGAGCUGACGGAGCUGCUGGAGCAGUACUCCAAGAACCUCGCCCAGAACAUGAAGCUUACCUACCUCAACCCUGUGGCCUUGGUCUCCCCCAACAUAGUCAUGAACCUGGACCGCGUGGAGAACCACACCCACGUGCGACGGCGCUUCCCACGUUAUCAGAACACCUUGUUCCGUGGUCAAGCUUUGUGGGACCCUUACACUCACGUGAUACUGCCCCCUGCUGCCCUGGUGCCGCAGCGACAGCAGCAGCAGCAGCAGCACAGCUGGAAGGAGAAGGAGCGCUCAGAGAAAGAACCCUCGGCCCCUCAGAGUGUCGCCUCGGCCCCUGCCAGCAUCUCAGCCAAUCAGACCAAGGAAUAUGCAGCAGCUAGACGCAGCGUUUCAUUGACUGAUCCUCCCAUCACCAUCGUCAUCUUGUUGAUCUAUCGAAGCCUUGGGGCCGCGCUGCCUCCGAAGUACCACGCAGACCGCAGAGGAGUGAGGCUUCCCAGACACCCGGUUAUGAACUCCCCGGUGGUGACCAUCUCCGUCUACAACAACCAGACGUUUGUGGGCGGUCACUUGGACCAGCCCAUACUGCUGGAGUUUAAGCUGCUGGAGACGGCCAAUCGCAGCAAGCCUCUGUGUGUGCAGUGGAACCACAGCAGCCCACACGAGAGCGGAGGCUGCUGGACGGUGAGGGACUGUACAGUGGUGUACAGGAACACCUCUCACGUCCGCUGUCAAUGCCAGAGACUGGGCACCUUCGGCGUGCUGAUGGACAGCUCCCAUAGAGAGCAGUUGGAGGGGGAUCUGGAGACGCUGGCCAUGGUGACUUACUCCUCCUUGUGCGUCUCCAUGCUGGCCCUCCUCCUCACCGUCCUGGCGCUGUCUUGCCUCCGGGGCCUGAAGUCCAACACUCGAAGCAUCCACUCGAACACAGCGGCAGCCAUGUUUCUGUCUGAGCUGGUGUACUUACUGGGGGUCAAUCAGACUGAACAACAGUUCUUGUGCACGGUCGUCGCCAUCCUGCUGCAUUACUUCUUCAUGUCGACGUUCGCUUGGAUGUUUGUCGAGGGUCUCCAUAUCUACCGCAUGCAGACUGAACAGCGCAACAUCAACUACGGAGCCAUGAGGUUCUACUAUGCCAUCGGCUGGGGCGUGCCUGCCAUCAUCACAGGCCUGGCUGUGGGUUUGGAUCCUGAAGGUUACGGCAACCCAGAUUUCUGCUGGAUCUCCAUGUAUGACAAACUCAUCUGGAGCUUCGCUGGCCCUGUAGCAAUCGUCUUACUGAUGAAUGGAGGGAUUUUCACAGUUGUAGCCAAGAUGUCCUGUAACCCGUCGCAGAAGGAGACGAAGAAACUUCCCGUCAUUGCUACUAUCCGAAAUGCCUUCCUGCUGUUGCUGGUCGCCACCUCCACCUGGCUGUGUGGCCUGAUGGCUGUAAAUAACAGCAUCCUCGCCUUCUACUACAUCUUCGAUGUUCUCUGCCUGCUGCAGGGCAUGUCUGUGAUGCUGGUCUUCACUGUGUUCAACUCUGAGGUUCAGGAGGCCUGGAGAGUUGCCUGUUUGGGUAAGAAGAGCCCUGGAGAAGAGCUGCCGAGGCCGGCACAGAGCACUGUUCAGAAUCUCUACCAUGAUGCAUCUCUGCUGGAGCAGAGUGGGUUGCACCGCAUCACCCUGGGAACCUCCACCGUCUCCUCUGUCAGCUCUGCCAGAGAAAAUCUGUUGGCGCGUCAGAAUCUGGAGCAAAACAUCGUCCACACUGGCGCGACUGACCUGGAUGUAGCCAUGUUCCACAGAGAUGGAGGCGGGGAUUCGGAUUCGGACUCGGACCUCUCCAUGGAUGAGGAGCGAAGUCUCUCCAUCCCUUCCUCUGAGAGCGACGACAAUGUGCGUCUGCGGGGGCGCAUCCAGCGGCGAUUCAAGCGCUCCAAUCACAGCGAGCGCCUGCUCACCGAACCCACCAACAACGGCACCAAAGAUUUGGACGGCAAUGACCUUCUGUCCUACUGGCCUGCUUUGGACGAAUGCGACACCUUGCAGAAGUGGGGCUCAGAGCGCCCCCUGGGGGGGGAUUACAACAAGGACGCCGCCAACAACAACCAGCUUGACGCAGCGCUCACCAGCGGCGAUGAAAACGGCCUCACCCAGCCACACAGGCACCGCAAGGGUAUCCUGAAGAAUCGCCUCGGUUGCCAACCAGCAUUGCAGGGUCUCUCCACCAUGGGCCGGGUCCCCAGUGAGCUCAACUGGUACCGUACCUCCACGCUCGGCCACCGAGGCGUUCCAGCAGCCUCCUAUGGUCGCAUGUACUCCGCCACCGCCGGUGCUACAGGAGGCUCUGGUUCUCUCUCCCAGCCGGCUUCCCGCUACUCAUCCAGGGAGCACCUAGACUCGCUGGCCAGGAGGCAGCUGUCUAGGGAUCCCCUCGGAAGACAGACAGUCGGGGGGUCGAGAGAGCGUCUUGACUCCCGCGGCUCCCGGGAUAACCUGGAUCUUCUUCCCAGGAGGAGGGAACUGGGGUUGGGACUAGGGGCAGGGCUCGGGGGCUUGGAUCACCAACGAGUCUCGUCAUCCAGGGAAAACUUGUCAGGAUCCAGGGACAGACUGGACAACCAUCACACCGCCAGCUUCCAUGCGUCAAGGGAGGACUUGAGUGGGAAUGGAGGAGCCGUAGGAGCAGGGAUGGAGGGAUACCUCAGUGGUUCCAGGUCCCAGUUGAACACAUUAACUCGGCGGCAGGCCUCGUCGCGAGAGCACCUCGGAGGAGCUCUGAUGAGCAGCAGGUCGAGGGAGCAGUUGGAGGCCAACGGGGUGGGGGCUCAGGCUCAGCCUUGUCGGGAGUGGCUCCGCAGUCUACCCCCCCGGCAGCCCUCGCACCCCGACCAGCCUCUGUCCGCCUCUCCUCCUCCGCCAAUCUCAGAGGAGCCACAACAAGAACAGCUACCUCCUCCAGCUCAUGUCAGAGGACGCCUGGACUCUGCACCUUCAUGUAGGUACCCUGGUCAGACUGUCCCCCAGCUUGCAGGUUCAAAUCCAAACCCUCUGGUCCGACAGCCAUCCAGUGAGCAGCUGGACAUCUUAUCCUCCAUCCUGGCAUCCUUCAGUUCCUCUGUCCUUACUCCUCCAGCUGCCUCUAACCCCGGCCCUAAUGGCUCUGUCCACGGACCCUCCCCCUCCCCGCCCCAGUCCACCACUCACAGCAUGUCGGAAGUCUCCCCCGAUUCAGAAGCCCACAAAAGCGAGGGACAGUCUUGAUGACAGCCUCCACACCCAUUAAUGCAUUGCAACAGUGCUGGAACAAAGCUCAAAGGUCAAGGAUGAACUAAAUGGACAACCUGGGAAGUAGAAACAGAAUUGACUCAGAGGAGACAGAAAAGGCGAAGAGGCAAAAAGAACAUUUACAGACAAAAAAGAGAGAUGGUCUGUGACAAAAGAAGAAGGUUGUGAGUGGGUCGUUUUGUGUAUAUCGAGUUUUUAAGUCCCACCGCUCGCGAUCUGUCGUUCCACGGACGUUGAAUAAACCACCUAAUUCUACUACCUAAGAACAGUUAGACAAAAAAGAAAAUUACAAGCAGACAAAAAAAUCUUCUCAGAUGUUACACACACAUACACACACACGACCAUAUGCGAUAAGACCUGUCGAAACAGAAGAAGAAAAGUGUCUGUAAAUAGCCUUUUUAUACAUUUUUUAUCUUUUUCAUUGAAGGUGAAAAAAUAUCUUGUGAAGUUUCUUUUUUUUUUUUACGCAGUCGUGUCCGUGUGUGAGGUUGUGAAAGAGGGUGAAGCGAGUGCUGUCUUGUGUGUUGCCGAUGGAAGAAAUUUCCUCUACAAAGUAAAAAAAAAAAAAAAAACUAAAAUUUCUCCCCAGAAAUACAUUUCCCUCAGAAUGUUGUCCCUCAAACCUUUGAACUUCAUGUAAAGCGGCAGGGGUCUGGCAAUAGAGUGACGAGAUUAUGGGAAGACUCGGUUGAAGGGGUAAUAUCAAAGUAUCGAAACGUGAUUGUAAACAGAGGAAGGAAAUAUUAUAGGAGAGGAGAGCUGAUGGAGCAAGAUGAUUGUGCAAAGAAAGAUUGCUAACAACACAUUAGACUCAAAGAUGGUUGCCUAACUACUAAAGCUCAGUGACAUGAUGUGUCUGCUGCAAGAGGGAGAUUGUGCUUUUUUUUUUUUUUUUUUUGAGCUGGUGCAUAUAAUCACGACCCGGUGCUCUCUGAAGCAGACCGUAUCAAUCCGCUGACGUAACGGGAACAUAAUCAGCGCAGUUUUAAAAACCUGGUGGGUGAAAGUUGAUCUCGCCGUCUGCCUCGCUCCAUGAGGCAGGAUCGAGUCACAACCACUUUUAAGAACCCCUCGAGGCAUCUUUUUACACUUUGAUGCAUCAUGACUCAACCUGCCUCCGGGGGCAGCACAGGAGCAGCCGAGUCUCUCCAGCAGCAACCAGGAAGCUCAUUUCCAAAAGCUUCUCAUGCAGAAGCCUCUCGCCCAAACCUAAAGCCAAAGGGACAUAAAUCAGUAUGAAACUUUGUGUUGCUCUUCGUUUAGAAAAUGCUUCCUACACGGUGUGAUGGCUGUAGAAGUAAACUGCUUUUGUUUGGUUUUUUUU